AUGUCCUUGACAGUUGGAAUUGCUGGCCUAAGCGGUCGAUUUGGCCGUCUCAUUGGCGAGAUCCUCCUCAAACGCCCUGCCUCUGAGGUCAAGUUGCGUGGCUUCUGCCGCGAACCUCGCAAGCUCGCCAAGUCGCUAUCUGAUAACCCUCGUGUGGAGGUUGUCCAAGGUUCCGCCUUCGACUCUUCCGCCGCCCGCACCUUUGCAAAGGGCUGCGACGUGGUUAUAUGCUGCUACCUGGGCGCUGACAAGCUUAUGAUCGACGGCCAAAAGCUCCUCGUCGAUGCGUGUGAGGCUGAGGGCGUCUCGCGUUUCCUAGCGAGUGACUGGACGAUCGAUUAUACCAAGUUGGAAUAUGGACAGCUUUUCCCCAAGGACCCAAUGAAGAGAGUCAAGGACUAUUUGGAUACGAAGGAGCGUAUCAAGGGGGUGCAUGUCUUGAUCGGCGCGUUCAUGGAUACUUUCUUUACGAAGUAUUUUGACGCCUGGGACCCAGAGAAAAAAGUGUUUACGUUCUGGGGAACUGGUGAUGAAGUGUUGGAAUUUUCAAGCUAUCGAAACUCGGCCGAGUAUACCGCCGCGGUCGCGCUGGAUCGGAAGGCUGUGGGACUGCAGAAGUUCCUUGGUGACCGUGUCAGCAUUAAGCAAAUCCUUCAGCAUUUCGACUCCCAGUAUAGCUUCAAGCCCGAGCUCAAACUGGUCGGCUCCAAGGAAGACUUGUACAAGCACAUGUACGAAGUACGGGAGAAGGAGCCCGAUAAUGUCUUCAAGUAUAUGGUCUUAUUUUACAAGUACUACUUGAUCAACGGACAAACCCACCUCGGAGCCAUAGAGAAUUCGAAAUACCCUGACAUCAAGCCGGAGACGUUCCGAGACUUUUUAAGAAGACAUACCGUGGACCAACUAUCGCAAGCAGUGGAGGCUUUAGAACACUAA